AUGGCGAAGCCUUUGCUCUGUCUCGCGUUCUUCUGCGCCUCCCUGUGGUGGUUCGCCACCUCCGCGGCCGGCCUCCGCCUCGAGCUCACCCACCUCAACGCCAAGGACAGCUGCACCGCGGAGGAGCGCCUGCGCCGCGCCAUCGAGCGCACCCACCGCCGCCUGGCGUCCACGGGCGGGGUGGCCGCGCCCGUCCGCUGGUCGGAGAUGCAGUACGUCGCCGAGUACCGCAUCGGUGACCCGCCGCAGCGCGCCGAGGCCAUCGUCGACACCGGCAGCAACCUCAUCUGGACGCAGUGCGCCACCUGCCGCCCCGGCUGCUUCGGCCAGAACCUCUCCUUCUACGACCCGUCCCGGUCGCGCACCGCCCAGCCCGUGGCGUGCAACGGCACCGCGUGCGCCCUCGGCUCCGAGACCCAGUGCACGCGCGACAGGUCGGCGUGCGCCGUCCUCACCGCCUACGGCGCCGGCGCCAUCGCCGGGGUCCUCGGCACCGAGGUCUUCACGUUCGGGUCGCGGAACGUGAGCCUCGCGUUCGGGUGCGUCACCGCGUCGAGGCUCACGCCGGGCUCCCUGGACGGCGCGUCCGGCAUUAUCGGGCUCGGCCGCGGCGCGCUCUCGCUGGUCUCCCAGCUCGGCGACACCAAGUUCUCCUACUGCCUCACGCCCUACUUGCGCGACGCCGUCAACCCGAGCCACCUGUUCGUCGGCGCGUCCGCCGGUCUGGAUGGCGACGCGCCGGUGACAUCCGUGCUGUUCGCCGAGAACCCCACGGACUACCCCUUCAGCACGUUCUACUACCUGCCCCUGGUCGGGAUGACCGUGGGCAGCGCCAAGCUCGCCAUCGCCGCGGCGGCGUUCGGCCUCCGGCAGGUCGCGACGGGGGUAUGGGCCGGAGGCGUGCUGAUCGACUCCGGCUCCCCGUUCACGAGCCUCGUCGACGCAGCCUACCAGGCGCUGAGGGCGGAGCUGGUGCGCCAGCUGGGUGCCAGCCUCGUGCAGCCGCAGAUCGAAGGGCUGGACCUGUGCGUCGCGCGGGGAGACGCCGGCACGGUGGUGCCGCCGCUGGUGCUGCACUUCGGAGGGGGCGGCGGCGACGUGGUGGUGCCGCCGGAGAACUACUGGGGGCCCGUGGACACGGCUACGGACUGCAUGGUGCUGUUCAACUCCGCGGCGCGGCCGGGCGCGACGCUGCCGAUGAACGAGACGACCAUCAUCGGCAACUACAUGCAGCAGGACAUGCACCUGCUCUACGACCUCGGCAAUGGCGUGCUCUCCUUCCAGCCGGCGGACUGCAGUGCCAUGUAA